AAAGGCGCCCGGCGUAAUCAGCUGUUAGAAGAACAAGAAGUGGUGCGCGCGGUACAAUACAAUCGACCGCGUUUAUUAGUAGCUAGUUUUGGAGGAGCGAUCGAUCGAUGUGUUGUAGUAGCAGCUUCAAGCUGUGGGGGGCGAUGGUGAGGGUGCACUCCGCGUCGUCGCAGGGGCUCGACGCGGCCGUUGCUUCCUCCUCUGAUCAGCCAGCGACGGCGGCGGCGGCGGCGGCGCGGUCGCCCCAGCUGGCGGGGAGCGAGCAGCCGGAGGUGUUCACCAUCUGGAUGAAGUCGCUGGUGCUCAACGGCAGCGGCUGCACCGUCUACGACUCCGCCGGGAGCAUCGUCUACCGCGUCGACAACUACGGCGCCCGCCGCGCCGCCGACGUCUGCCUCAUGGACCUCGCCGGCAACGUCGUCCUCCAGAUACUCAAGAAGGUAAAGCUUGGGUUCGGGAGGAGGUGGGAGGGGUACAGGUGGAGCGGCCAGGAGCAGGAGCGGCGGCCGUGGUUCAAGGUGGCCAGGGCGUGGGCGUGGCGCGGGCCCUCGCGCUGCACCUGCGAGCUCAGGGGCGACGCGGCGGCGGCGACCGUGCGCUACAGGAUGGACGACGGGAGGAUCGCGCCGUCUCGCGGCGCCAGGAUCGUGGACGGCGCCACGGGGCUCGCCGUGGCCGAGGUGAAGCGGAAGACGACGCCCGCGGGGGUGGCGCUGGGCGCCGACGUGCUGACCCUGGCGGUGGAGCCCGGCGUCGACCGCUCCAUCAUCAUGGGGCUCGUGCUCGUGCAUGGCCUCAUCAACCGCGCCAUGUGAGGCACCGACGAUCGAGAAGAUGAUCAGCUGGAUGAACGUUACUAACUACUACAGUAUAUAAGCAUCAGAAGAGGAGACUGCCCUCGAUCGAUUUUGUUCUUCCUAAUACACUGCGUUUUUACCUUAGUUUGUGAGGGACUAGCUACAUGGUAACUACGGAGAGAUGAGUGAUUCUGUGUAAUUAGCCUCUUAAGCAGAGAUAAGUCUUGUCCA